CCGCACUGGGACACCACGAAGGGAACGAGGAGGGUCAGGGAGCUCUGGUGGCAGGGACUUCCUCCCAGCGUCAGAGGGCGAGUGUGGAGCCUCGCCAUCGGCAACGAGCUCAACAUCACACCAGAGCUGUAUGAGAUCUUUCUGUCCAGAGCCAAAGAGAAGUGGAGGAGUUACAGUGAGACCAGUUCAGUCAACGACAGUGAGAGUGAAGGAGCAUCGCUGGCUGACAGAGAGUCCAGUCUGGACCUCAUCAAACUGGAUAUUUCCAGAACCUUCCCCUCUCUCUUCAUCUUCCAGAAGGGCGGUCCCUACCACGACCUCCUCCACAGUGUCCUGGGGGCGUACACCUGUUACAGACCCGACAUUGGCUACGUCCAGGGCAUGUCCUUCAUCGCUGCCGUGCUGAUCCUCAACCUGGAGGAGGCCGAAGCCUUCAUCACCUUCGCCAACCUGCUCAACAAACCGUGUCAGAUGGCCUUCUUCAGAGUCGACCACGAACUGAUGUUGAAGUAUUUUGCAGCCUUUGAGGUUUUCUUUGAGGAGAAUCUGCCUCGUCUCUUCUGCCACUUCCAAACCAACAACCUGACCCCUGACCUCUAUCUGAUCGACUGGAUCUUCACCCUGUACAGUAAGUCCCUCCCACUGGACGUGGCGUGCCGGGUGUGGGACGUCUUCUGUCGGGACGGGGAGGAGAGUUUGUUUCGGACGGGGCUGGGUAUCCUGCGUCUGUUCGAGGACGUGCCUCAGAUGGAUUUCAUCCACAUCGCUCAGUUCCUCACCCGCCUGCCGGAGGACCUGCAGUCACACACGCUCUUCACCGCCAUGGCCAACACGCACAUGGUCAGCAGAAACCGCCGCUGGGCUCAGGUCAGUAUCGCUCCCAGAGUUCAGGGCGAAGUUAGUGAAACGUCUCAAAAUUAAAGUAAUGAUUGAAUAAUGUUUGUUUUCUCUCUCUCUCA